AUUAAACCUCUUCAAAAAAAAAAAAAGGAAGAAAAAAAAUUAAAAGGAGGAAAAAUGGGGAGUGUAGAAGGCGCAGUUGUGAUGGAAAGCAACAUGAAUGCAGCUGUUGCUGCUGCAGCUGCUGCUUCUGCUGCUGCAGAUGUUGAAGAAAGAAACAAUGAUGAGUCCAUGAUCACAAACCUUCACCUUCACUCCAUUCCCACUCUCAAUCUUGAUCAGGGUGAUCCCACAGUGUACGAGGCCUACUGGAAAUCAGUAGGCGAAAACGUGAAGAUUAGCAUCUCUGCAUCACAAUCCCUCAGCUACUUCGCCAACCCCAACAGCUUCUGCUGGUUCCUCGUGCCCAAGCUCGAGCAAGAGAUCAAGAUUCUCCACAGCUUGGUGGGGAACGCCGUUGUCGACGGCCGCCACAUCGUCGUGGGGAACGGGUCGAGCCAGCUCAUCCAGGCCGCGCUCUACGCCCUCGCCGACCCCCUCGACCCUCCCACCCCCAUCACCGUCGUGUCCGCCGUCCCCUUCUACUCCUGCUAUCCACAGAUAACGGACUAUGUUAGGUCUGGGCUGUAUAAAUGGGGAGGUGAUGCAAAUGCUUAUGACAAAGAUGAGGCUUACAUAGAGUUGGUUACUUCCCCAAACAAUCCUGAUGGGGAGAUUAGGGGCCCUGUGGUGAAGAGGGCUAAUGGGAUGCUUCUUCAUGACCUCGCCUACUACUGGCCUCAGUACACGGCCAUCACGGCGCCUGCGGACCACGACGUCAUGCUCUUCACGCUCUCCAAGUGCACCGGCCACGCAGGGUCAAGAAUCGGAUGGGCGGUGGUGAAGGACGCGGAGGUGGCCAAGAAGAUGGUCAAGUUCAUCGAGAUCAACACGAUCGGGGUGUCGAAGGAGGCUCAGCUCAGAGCAGCCAGCAUCUUGGAGAUGAUCUCGGCCAACGGCUGCUCCGGUGGAUUCUUCGAGUUCGGGCAGUCCGUCAUGGCUGAGAGGUGGAAGAAGCUGAGAGAAGCUCUCAGGGGAAGUGAAGUCUUGGAGGUCCCUCACUUCCCCCUCAAGUACUGCAACUAUAACAGAGACUUCAUCGGGUCGAACCCAGCGUACGCGUGGGUGAAGGCGAAGCCGGGGGUGCAGCUGGAGAAAGCGAUGAACGAAGAGAGGAUUCGGGUACGAGGAGGGACGAGUUUCGGGUGCCCUAGCAACUAUGUUAGGCUAAGUAUGCUGGGCAAACAUGAAGACUUUGAUCUGUUUCUGAAGAGGCUUCCAUCGAUCAUUCAACUUCUAGCUGUUUGAAAGCUUUGUUCAUCGUUUGCAUCUGAGUUGAGCAAUUGUGGUGUAGUGGUUUUUUGUUUUGAAUAAUCUAUGUUUUAAGGUUAUUGUUGCA